UCUCUCUCUCCUGAAUCCUGACAAUUAGUCCUCAAUAAAAUCGUUGUCUUUCUCAAGGUAAUGUCAAACUAAUCAAACAAACAUAAAAAAACGACAACCAAAACCAUUUUCAUUUUCCAUUUCCCACUUUCUAACGUCUCUUCUUCAAUCACUCCGAUUCUUCUUUUUUUAACGAAUCCGAAUUCUCCAGAAUCGAUCCUUGUUCCGAUCGGCUACACUCCGAUCCACCGGAAUCCUCUUCGAAGGCGAAAGCAGAGCCGUCGAUUCUAGGUUUUCUCCGAGGUGAGAUUUUAUGAGUUUUUCGAUCUUCUCCGAUGAUAAAUGGCGAGGGAACUGGUAAGAUUCUCUCCGGAAUCGCCCCACCCGAUCCGUUCGAUCAGAAAUCGGACGACGACGGUGGCGCCGGCGCCGGCGAUGCAACGCCGUCUCGGUACUCGUCGUGCGGCGAGUCCGAGUUCGAGCGAUACUGCAGCGCGAACUCAGCCAUGGGCACGCCGAGCAUGUGCAGCACGAUCACCGUCUUCAACGAUUUCCCGGAGCUGGAGUUCGGCUCCGGGAGGAAUUUAGGGUUAGGGUUUGGGGACGACGGUGGCGGGUUGGAGAAUUUCAGUUUGGGAGGGAAAAUCGAGAGGAAUCGGGAAGAAACGAAGCGUUUGAGCGAUGACGGAGUUGAUCGGGUUGUUCGUGGGCAAAAUUCGAGUGUGAAUUAUGGGUCUAGUGGGCUUGAAAUGUAUGGCGGUGAUGAGCUCGAUGAUUUUGGAGCUCCUAACGUGAAUGAAUUGAUGUCUUGGAAGGUUGAUCACAAGUCUUCACCUUUGAAAGGGAUUUCGGGGUUUGAUAAUGGUUCAGAUAAAGGUGAUAGUGUUGAAGAUGAUCAAGAAGUGGUAGGAAAAAGUAGUGUUGUGCAAAUGGGUACUCAAGAAAGUAAUGGUUCUCAAGUUUUACCAGAGGUUGACGAAUGUGGUUCGAAUCCGAUUGGCGGUGGAGAAGAGAGGCAGGAAGAUGGGACCUCAUCUCGAGAUGAGCAUUCAGAGAGUGGGGAUUCAAUGUACCGUUAUGGUACAGAUGAUGAGGGUAAAAAUGUUGAUGUCAAUUACUAUAAGAAUGUGCAUUAUUCUCAGGAAGCAAAAACAAAGAACGAGAACCCAUUGCUGAUUAACUCAUCCGUGGCCUUUGGUUCGGAUGAUUGGGAUGAUUUUGAGCAAGGAAGUGAACUAGCUUCAGUUUCCUUUAUCGUGAGUGCUUCCGAGAAUCGGAAAGAAAAGAAUGUUGAAGCUGAAAAGGAAGUUUCGGGUUUUACUCCUUUGGCUUCAGUUGGGUUUCCGAGUACUUGUCAAAUUGAGGAAGCAAAAUGUGUCAACGAUAUGCCCGGAUCCAGAAAUCAAGUUGAAGGAGGUGAUAAAUUGGAUGAAUUAGAGGAAGUAGAAGAUGUGAAGGACAUCCCUGUGGCUAGUUAUCAAGUUCAAGGCAGUAGUGAUUUGUUUGAAUUUACCAAAAGUUCUUUUACCACGCCACCUGUUUUGUCUAAGGUUGAUGAACCAGAGAACGAAGAUAUAAGCCCAUAUACUGAGAAUCACGUUCGAGGCGACGUCUGCAAUAUCGAGCUGGAUCCUCUGGCAGAAAAACUUCCUGAAAAAACAGGUUUCAAUGAUAUUAAUGAUGGUCUGCCUUUGGUGCACCAAAAAGUGAAUACUGAGGAGGCGAUUAACGUUACUGCUAGUAUAGUUUAUGAAAACCUAGCCUUGGGGAACUCAAAAAUAAAAUUGGACCGCCUUGGUGACUCAUCAACUAACCAAAUAAACUCACGUUCAACUGUCUUUUCUGGAAAGACGAGGUUAGAUUUGCUUGACGACUCAAAGCCAAAGACAGACCCUUCAACUUUCAAUAAUAAUAUGAGGAAGAAUCCUCAUGUUUCAGAAGAUCCGGCAGGAGUCCAUCCUGCACCUGUAAAGACAGAUGCUCUUGAGAUAAAUGAAUUCUAUGAUGAGGUUGUCCUUGAAAUGGAGGAAAUUUUAUUGGCCUCCAGCGAGUCUCCAGGGGCUAGGUUCCCUCACAGUAACAGGGCAAUACAAUCGCAACCAUCUUUACCCUUAAGAGAUGGCGGAUCUUCUGCUUCUACUUCUGGUAUGGAUGAAGCGUACCCAUUUGUUCAGCACCCGCUGAGAAUCGAUGGGAUUGAGGUGGUAGGUGCAAGGCAGAAGAAAGGAGAUGUCUCAUUUAGUGAAAGACUUGUUGGAGUGAAGGAAUACACUGUGUACAAAAUAAGAGUGUGGAGUGGCAACGAUGAAUGGGAAGUUGAACGCCGAUAUCGUGAUUUCUUUACUCUCUAUCGCCGGUUGAAAACAUUAUUUACUAACCAGGGUUUGGUUCUCCCCUCUCCAUGGGCAACUGUAGAAAAGGAAUCUAGAAAGAUUUUUGGAAAUGCAUCACCAACUGUUAUUGCAGAGAGGAGUGUUCUUAUUCAAGAUUGUUUGCGAUCCAUUCUUCAUCCCAGGAUCUUCACCACUUCUCCAAGUGCAUUGAUUUGGUUUCUGUGCCCUCAAGAUUCAGUUCCCAGCUCCCUUGGGUCAAAUUCAGUGGUUCCUCAAUCUAUUUCCCGAGGAAGUAGAGAAAACAUUUCCACAUUGGGGAAGACUAUAUCCCUUAUUGUUGAAAUCCAACCAUACAAAUCUACGAAGCAGAUGCUAGAAGCACAGCAUUAUACUUGUGCUGGAUGCUACAAACAUUUUGAUGAUGGAAAGACUCUGAUACGAGACUUUGCACAAACACUCGGAUGGGGAAAGCCUCGACUUUGUGAAUACACCGGUCAAUUAUUUUGCUCUUCAUGCCAUACAAAUGAAACUGCAGUUUUACCAGCGAGAGUAUUGCAUAACUGGGAUUUUACUCAAUAUCCAGUUUCUCAGUUGGCUAAAUCAUAUUUGGAUUCCAUAUAUGACCAGCCCAUGCUUUGCGUCAGUGCAGUUAAUCCGUUCCUCUUCACAAAGGUCCCGGCUCUGCAUCACGUUAUGGGUGUCAGAAGGAAAAUAGGAAUUAUACUUUCAUAUGUUCGCUGCUCAUUCCGUGAAUCUAUCAACAGAGGACUAGGGUCCCGAAGAUAUCUUCUUGAAAGCAAUGAUUUUUUCGCUCUCCGAGACCUCAUUGAUCUUUCAAAAGGCGCGUUUGCAGCACUACCUGUUAUGGUGGAAACUGUCCUGAAGAAAAUCGUGGAGCAUAUAACAGAUCAAUGUCUCAUAUGUUGUGAUGUGGGAGUUCCAUGCAAUGCUCGGCAAGCUUGCAAUGAUCCAUCUUCUCUGAUUUUCCCUUUCCAGCAGGAAGGUGAUGUGGGAAAAUGUGUCUCUUGCGAAUCGGUGUUCCACAAACUUUGCUUCAAAAAGCUCACAGAGUGUCCUUGCGGAGCACAUCUCGGGGCUGACGACAGAAGGCGACUCGCUACGAGAGUAGACUUGCUUGGGAAGGGAUUGAGUUCUGGUUUAAGUGUUGGAUUUCUAUCUGCAUUGUUUACAAAAGCGAAGCCCGAUAAGAUUGGAGAGCAUAAAGACGAUGACAAUGUCAUAUUAAUGGGUUCUUUGCCAAGCACUUCCUUAUGAUAUGCCUUGCAUUGGCAAUGCCAUUGUAUCAUAUGUAAUUUUGGCUUGAUUUGAAGAGUGAAGAUUCAUUUGUUGCAACUUUCGGACAUUUUUUUAGCUCAAUAAUUAGGCACUGGCCAAGAUGAUAU